AUGCCUGAGCAGAUUAAUCUUCAAUUAGGCUGGCCAUCACCCUCCCUCUUCCCUGCGUUAGAAUUAUUGACCUCCGCGUCGGAAGUCUUACAGUCUCCGAAAAAGACGUCCGCAGCGCUCAUUUAUGGACCCGACGCUGGGUAUCAACCCCUGCGACAAGCAAUCGCGAGCUGGUUGACCUCCAUUUACUUGCCAAAGGGAUGCAUCUCGUAUGACCGAAUCUGCAUCUCCAAUGGCGCGUCGGCAAACCUUGGGAAUAUUCUUGCAAAAUUCACCGAACCAGGAUACACCAAGAGGAUCUGGAUGAUUGAACCGAGCUAUUUCUUGGCCUGUCCAAUCUUUACAGACGCUGGCUUCGAGGGCCGAUUGCGUGGUGUCCCAGAAGAUGACGAGGGGCUAGACGUUGAGUUCCUCCGCUCAAACUUACAACGCGUCGAUGCGGAAGAGCACCAAGAAGCACCCAAGCUCAAGACUGGACCAAGAUAUGGACAUCUGUAUAAGCAUGUCAUCUACGCUGUUCCCACCUUUGCCAACCCGAGCGGCAAGACCAUGUCGCUCCGACGGCGGCGUGAACUUGUGAAGCUGGCUCGCGAAUUCGAUGCGCUGGUGGUUACAGACGAUGUUUAUGACGUCUUGCGGUGGUCCGAGAAGGAAGAUGCUCCUCUUUCCGAACUCGAGUCCGUGCCGCCGAGAAUUGUCGAUCUAGACAGGACUCUUGAUGGCGGACCACAGCAUGAGUGGGGGAACGCAGUGAGCAACGGAUCCUUCUCCAAGAUUAUCGCGCCUGGUGUGAGGACUGGCUGGGCUGAAGCGACGCCUGCAUUCACUCUUGCAUUAUCUCAAGUCGGUGCGACUCGCUCCGGCGGCUGCCCUUCGCACCUCGCAGCGACCCUUGUGUAUGAGAUGAUCGCGACUGGCUCGCUCGAGAAACACAUCGUGAAUAAUCUCAUUCCGACGUAUCGCUCAAGAUACUACGCCAUGUUUAGAGCCAUCAAGGAACACCUGAUUCCUCUCGGUUUCUGCGUUUCCACAGGGAAGCCCUACGAGGCGUGUCCCACCUCUAACGGCGAAAGAAAUGGUCAUUCCAAAAUGAAUGUGGUAGCUGGUGGCUACUUCACCUACAUUACCGUCCCACAGGAUCUAUCGGUCAGUGUGGGAGAGUUGGCUGCCCUGGCUUUGGAAAGGUAUGACUUGAAGUUUGCGUAUGGUGGCAUGAUGACGGUGGAAGGCGACAAGGAGAGUGCCGAGAGGGCGUCCCGAGGGUUUGGUAAUGGCAUUAGGCUGUGCUGGGCGUGGCACAAUGAAGAGGAGAUUGUAGAGGGCAUUCAGAGGCUUGCCCAAUUGACUAGAGAGGUAAAGGCAACUUGA